AAAAUCUUUCACGGCAAAACUGGAAAAACAAGCAGCAGCGGGAGGCAAGAGUUGUGCCGAAGCUGAAAGCCGGCAAGUCCUCCCUCCUCUGCUAGUCGUUGCCUCGUUCGGACAUGUCCCAAUCCAUGUUCUUCUCGUGGGCCCCAUCCUGCUCCUCUUCCUCCUCCUCCAUCAUCUUCCUUCCUUCUCCCCUCAGUUGACCAUCCCAACCCAAACCAAACCAAACACCCACACAUGGAGUCUCUCAGACAGCUUCCUAAUAAAUAACAGAGUGCUCAGACCCAACAGCUCGAACCUCUUUCUUCUUCUUGCAAUGCUCUUGGAGCUCUGCCAAUCCUCUUUGGAGGGCUCGUUCAACGAUAACCCUGCCCAUCUGAUCUACCUUCUGUGUCUUCAGCGCGAUUCUUGAACUCACCCCACAUUGCAAUUGGCCCGCAUAAUGACCUUUGACAAGCUCAAAGUUUUCAACUUUAGUUCAAUCCUGGUGCUCUGCUUUCUUGUUCUGAGCUCUAUCCAAUAUGGCCAGUGUCAGGAUAUGGCUGACUACAGCGAAGUGAACAACUCUGCCGUUCUGCCCCUCAUCACACAGCUUGUCUACAACCGUGUCUCCAAUCUCACCAACGUCCUCGGCCAAGAAAUCAAUAACCGGUCCAGCUUUUGCAUUGAGGAUCCGUCUGAAGACUGGAAUAGAGCUUUCAAUUUUUCAUCCAAUCUCGACUUCUUGUCUGCUUGCAUUCAGAGAACGAAUGGAGAUGUCACUCGGAGAUUAUGCACUGUGGCAGAGUUGAAGUUCUACUUCAACUACCUCUUUGAGGCCCCACUGAGCAGCAACUACAUGAAGCCCAACAGAAACUGCAACUUGACCACGUGGAUCUCUGGCUGUGAACCAGGAUGGGCCUGCAGCAUUGGAGCAAACCAGCAAGUCGAUCUUCGGGAGGCAACAAAGAUGCCUGUCAGAACUGAGAGCUGUGACACUUGCUGCGAGGGCUUCUUCUGUCCUUAUGGUCUUACUUGCAUGAUUCCCUGCCCGUUAGGCUCUUAUUGCCCUCUUGCGAAACUUAACGAAACAACGGGCAUUUGUGAACCGUAUACUUACCAGCUACCUCCAGGACAGCCAAAUCACAGUUGUGGGGGUGCAAACAUUUGGGCCGAUGUGGGUCAGAGCAGGGAAAUGUUCUGUUCAUCAGGAUCGUACUGUCCAACAACUGUACAGGAAGUUCCUUGUGACAGUGGGCGUUACUGCAGGAUGGGCUCUACAUCUGAGAAGCCUUGCUACAAAUUGGUUUCUUGUGACGCAAACAGUUCGAGGCAGAACCUUCAAACAUAUGGGAUCAUGCUCAUUGCCGCUUUAAUUACAAUGCUACUCAUCAUCUACAACUGUUCCGACCAUUUCCUUGCUGUUCGAGCAAGGAGGCUCGCAAAGUCCCGUGAAGCAGCAGCGAGAAGUGCCCGAGAGACUGCAAAAGCUCGUCAGAGAUGGAAAGCUGCGAAAGAUGCUGCUAAACGGCAUGCACUUGAGAUAUCGGGGACAUUUUCUCGGAAAAGGAGCCCAAAAAACUCUGAGCAACUCCGCAUCUUAAACCAGGAAACUCCAAGUGUUGAUAAUUCUUCCUUACCACCAGUUCAUUGGACUAGUCCUGCUCCAUCAGGGCGGUCAAAGGAGAAGAAGAAAGAGCCCGCUGCUAAAGAGAUGCACACCCGGAGCCAAAUUUUCAAGUACGCAUAUGCCCAGCUUGAGAAGGAGAAGGAGAAGGAGAAGGAGAAGGCGCUGGAGAACGAUGAGAAGAACAUUACCUUUUCUGGAGUAAUCUCUAUGGCCACAAAUCCGGAGGUCAAGAAAAGGCCGCUUAUCGAGAUUUCUUUUAAGGAAUUGACCCUUACCCUGAAGGGCAAGAACAAACAUCUAUUAAGAUGUGUAAACGGGACUCUAAAGCCGGGACGAAUUACGGCAGUCAUGGGCCCGUCGGGGGCAGGGAAAACAUCCUUUCUGUCAGCUUUGGCGGGAAAAGCUGUCGGAUGCUCGAUGACUGGUCUGAUUCUGAUUAACGGCAAGAAGGAAUCAAUCCACUCGUACAAGAAGAUUAUGGGUUUUGUACCUCAGGACGAUAUUGUCCACGGGAACUUGACAGUUGAAGAAAACCUCUGGUUUAGUGCCAAGUGCAGACUGGCUGCAAAAAUGUCAAAAGCGGAGAAAGUGCUUGUCAUAGAGAGAGUUAUCGAAUCCUUGGGGUUGCAGUCUGUCCGAGAUUCUUUGGUUGGGACAGUAGAGAAGCGAGGAAUCUCGGGAGGCCAGAGGAAGAGGGUAAAUGUUGGGCUCGAGAUGGUGAUGGAACCUUCACUUUUUAUCCUGGAUGAGCCAACAUCAGGGCUUGAUAGCGCUUCCUCUCAGUUACUUAUGCGAGCUCUUCGGCACGAAUCACUUGAAGGGGUGAACAUCUGCAUGGUGGUUCACCAACCCAGCUAUGCACUGUUCCAGAUGUUCAAUGAUCUGAUACUACUAGCAAAAGGUGGCCUUAUUGUCUACCAUGGCCCUGUGCAAAAGGUGGAAGAGUAUUUUUCCGGACUUGGGAUAAAUGUGCCUGAGCGUGUCAACCCACCCGAUCACUUCAUGGACUUCUUAGAGGGCAUAGUGAACCCUAGUACAAGCACAGGAGUUACCCACAAGGAGCUGCCCAUCAGGUGGAUGAUCUAUAAUGGCUACCCCGUGCCACCCGAUAUGAGGGCUGAAGCAGGGUCUGUUCUCUCGAACGGGAGGGUAGAGGUGGCUGUAGGGAUCAAUGCCAUUAAUAUAGGAAGUGCAGAGCAGUCGUUUGCGGGAGAGCUGUGGCAGGAUGUGAGGAGUAACGUGGAGAGGCAGAGGGAUAAGUUGCGGCUCAAUUUUUUGAAGUCCAAGGACCUAGCUAAUCGGAGUACCCCAAGUGUAUUUGCACAGUAUCGGUACUUUCUUGGGAGGGUUGGGAAACAAAGGCUACGGGAUGCGAAGGUACAAGCAGUGGAUUUCUUAAUAUUAUUACUUGCGGGUGCCUGCUUGGGGAUACUUGCUAAAGGGAAUGAUGAAUCCUUCGGAGCAGCUGGCUACACAUACACAAUAAUUGCCGUCUCCCUUCUUUGCAAGAUUGCAGCUUUAAGAUCGUUCUCACUUGACAAGUUGCAACACUGGAGGGAGAGUGCUUCAGGGAUGAGCACCCUCGCGUACUUCCUCGCCAGGGACACUAUCGACCACUUCAACACUGUGAUCAAACCUGUCGUAUACCUAGCAAUGUUCUAUUUCUUUACGAACCCGAGAUCCUCCUUCCAAGACAAUUAUAUAGUUCUGCUCUGCCUCGUGUACUGUGUGACUGGGAUGGGUUACGCCUUGGCCAUCUUCUUUGAAGCGGGCGCUGCCCAGCUGUGGUCUGUUCUUCUUCCUGUGAUCAUGACUCUUGUUGCAACAAGGCGCAACACAGGCAUCAUGAAGGUCAUAUCUGAUGUUUGCUACCCGAAGUGGGCUCUGGAAGCAUUCGUCAUUGCUAAUGCUAAAAGGUACUAUGGAGUUUGGCUCAUAACUCGAUGCGGGGCCCUCUUGGGGAGGGGCUAUGACAUUCGGGACUUUAAUACUUGUAUUGUCAUCCUCAUCUUUACUGGCGUGAUCAGUCGGAUUAUAGCUUAUCUCGGCAUGCUGAUCUUCCAAAAGAAAUGAGUUCGAACUUUGAAUUUUUAACUAAAAGCUGCUGGAACAACUUCCUCCUACCAGUACCUGUUCCAACUUGCUGAAAGUGUCAUGCGAGUUACAUUGGCUUUAAUCAGGACAAUUCCCGAGCGGCCUUCAGUCCUGCUGGAACGAAUUGUGCAAUCUCUGUAACAUCUUUCACUGCUCAAGCGAGAAAUUUUUGGUAAGAAAGCUCAUGAAUAAGCCUUUGCUUAUCUUUUUUAAAUUUGAUUAUAUAAAUUACAAAAGUCCAUCAUUAUACUCCAA